AUGUCGGAUAGUGAAACCAGUGAUACGGAAUACCAACUUCCCACAAACCUCGACUUUGAAUUUGUCGAUACCACAAAACCAAUUAAAGAAGACGAAAAACCAGAAGAAGAUCAAGAUGAACCUAUAAUUUCGAAUGAAGAGACAAAUGAUGCCCCCGAAGAGUUUUUCUUCCCACUUUUUGCAACUGAGCUGGCCCCAGUUACAUCAGAAACCCCUAGCAAAGAUGAUGAAAGUUCGCGAACUGGUUUGAUGAAGGUCACUUUGAAUGACGCUGUUGAUGAUGAGCCAAUCAUACAGUCACGCCCUUCGACCUAUUAUUUCCCAGAAUACACAGAACAGCAGCUAUUGUCAUUCAAGCUUGCUGCCAUAGAAUAUGAUGAUAUAUUCAGUAAUACAUUCGAUAACCGUUACACUUGGAGAGGAACACAGAGGAAAGUGACAGAUUUGAAACAAUACAAUGCGAAAAUUGAUGAAGCUUCACAAAAGCUUAAAAAGAAGGCUCAAAUGAGACCAAGUUUGAAAACUAGAAAAAAUAGAAUUCUUGCGAAGAAAAAUGUCAAGCUAAGAAAGCAGAGCAUCAAAGAUUUGGAAAAGAAGCAUCAAAAAAUGAUUAAUCAAAAGAAGAAAAGAGGAGGGAAAAAGAACAAAAAGAAGAAGGAUGGACAAACAGCUACACAAACGAAAAAGCCAGAAUACAGAACGGAAUGA